UUAAACCCCGGACUCCAGGCCAAGACGCCCCUCCCCACCCAACCCCCACACAUCCAAGUCGGCGGCCCCCGGGGGGAAAGGGGUCGGGGCCUGGUUUCCUCCCCGCCACCCAGGAUUAGCCAACUUCCUGCGGCCCAGCGCCCCCGGCCCGCACUCCCGCAGCCGACCCGAGGGAGUGGGUGCCCGCUCUCCGCAGCUGGGGCUCGGCGCCCCGGGCCCCGGGGGUGGAGCGGGGGGCCUGGGGGGAGGCUAGACUGGUGGGCGGCGCUUCUCGGGGCCAGAGGCCGCUCGGGGCCGGCACCGCCCUCCGCCUCCCGCGGUCCCUCCCUCCCGCAGGCCGGCGCUCGGCGGCCGCGCUUCCUGCGUCCCCAUCCCGGUCCGAGAGCCGGCGGCGCGCUCCCCGCCACCACGGUCCCUCGACCGAGACUCCCCCGAGCCCCCCGCCCCGGGAUCGCGGCACCCGAAGGAGGCAGCCUGUGGGGGGCCGGGGUCGCGGGGUCCCCAGCCCCCGGCCGCCCGACAGAGACCGAGCUGGGCCCGACAGAGACCGAGCUGGACCCGCCGCCGCCCGGGUGCUCCUGAUAUCUGAGUGGGGAUGCUUUUUCUGGCAGACAGUUGGUGAAAAGCCAGUGGACCCCUGAAAUUCUACAGGAUCGUGCCUGGGGGCCCUUAUGGUGGGUCCUUAACUCGAGAUUUUAGCAUGAAGAGCUGUGGUCAGGCCUGCCCGGAGCCUCCCCUGGUCGCAACAGACCCCCCAGCUGCAGCCGUCCACACCGGAUGCCUCACGUCUGCUUGAAACCAUCCCUUGAGAGCCUGGCUGCUGUCUUUGUAAUGUGGCGCUAGGGAUUUCGUGCAAGCAGUUUAAGGGGUUUUUUUUGUUGCUGCUGCUGCUGCUUUUUAUUUAUUUAUUUUCUUUCUUUGAACCCGGGCCCUGCCCCGCUUCUGCGGGCAUGAUGGCCCAGUCCAAGGCCAACGGCUCGCACUACGCGCUGACCGCCAUUGGCCUGGGGAUGUUGGUCCUCGGGGUCAUCAUGGCCAUGUGGAACCUGGUGCCCGGGUUCAGCGCUGCCGAAAAGCCGACCGCUCAAGGGAACAAGACGGAGAUAGGGAGCGGCAUCCUCAAGAGCAAGACCUUCUCGGUGGCCUACGUGCUGGUCGGGGCCGGGGUGAUGCUGCUGCUGCUCUCCAUCUGCCUGAGCAUCCGCGACAAGAGGAAGCAGAGGCAAAGCGAGGAGCUGGCGCACGUCCAGCACCCGGGGGUCGAGCCUCACGCCCGCGAGGAAGACAGCCAGGAGGAGGAGGAGGAGGAGGCCUCCUCAAGGUACUAUGUCCCCAGCUACGAGGAAGUGAUGAACACAAACUACUCGGAAGCACGGGAACCGGACCAGAACCCCAGGAUGAGCAUGUCUCUCCCCUCCUACGAGUCCUUGACGGGGCUGGAUGAGACGAGCCCCACCACAACGAGGGCCGACGUGGAGACCAGCCCGGGCAACCCCCCCGACCGGCAGAACUCCAAGUUGGCCAAACGCCUGAAGCCGCUGAAAGUUCGAAGGAUAAAAUCCGAAAAGCUUCACCUCAAAGACUUUAGGAUCAACCUGCCAGACAAAAAUGUGCCUCCUCCCUCCAUCGAGCCUUUGACUCCCCCCCCACAGUAUGAUGAGGUCCACGAGAAGGCCACCGACGCCCGGCCCCCCGACUGAGAGCCCCUCCCAGGCGUGUUCCCUCCUGUCGUUCAUCCUCCACGCCGACAGACCCCAAAUGAAGCCACUUCAGCCACAGUUGAGAAGCGGAGGGGCCAGGUGUGUACUUAGCAGUUUGGACGGGGCUGGGGGGUGAGGGGGCUCUGGGAUAUGGGAGUGACUCUGCGGUCCCCAGAACCUCACGUAGCAGGUGCAUCGGAAAGAGCUGCCACCUGGGAUCUCGUGAUGCUGUGACCCCAUCAAGGGAUGCGGCGCUGGCAUCCUGCCCCUUGUCCUUCCUCGACUCUGAAUCUUUGGGGACCACAUUCCUCGUUCCAAUUAGGAAAGGAUAUGUAGCAACUGGUUUAGAUUGUGGUUUUGUUUUGCUUCCACUAGGACUGUUUUGUUUCCAAAAGAAAACAAGUUAUGCCUUCGCUUUCUCCCUGGCAUCCUGAACUGUGGGUAGGAAAGAUGACGGGCUUUAGAGAAAGGACACAGGCCUGUUUUGUGAAUUAAGCCAAACGAGAGGCUGGAUGAUUACGUGGGGGUGAGACCCGGGUGGGGUUCUCAGAGCCCCUGAUGCUAUCUGUUCUUUUGAGGGCCCAAGGCCUGAGGAUAUGUAAGACCCUGGUUUUAAUUGGUGGACAUUACUAGUCUUUCCUGUGUAACAGCGAAAAAAGGAAAGCUGUCUGAGAUGUUCUAUUCCUUCUAAAAUGCCGUGCAACUGAGCUUUUUGUAAUAAAAUAUUUUAUAUGUCA